AUGCGCGUGCUCACACAUGAGACCACGCUCUUGUUUUCAUCGCUUCCUGUCCUUCUGUGUGUGCUGACAACAGCCAACUCAGAAGCAGAAGCCUCGGGCAAUGCCCAGAAGACGUGCCCAGUGAUCACCUGCACCAUCCCGGGCAGAGAUGGACGAGACAGACCCAAGGGAGAAAAGGGCGAACCAGGGCAAGGGCUCCGGGGCUUACAGGGCCCUCCAGGAAAAAUGGGGCCUCCAGGAAAUAUCGGGCCUCCUGGGGCUUCAGGACCAAAGGGCCCCAAAGGAGACCAUGGAGAUAGUUCAGACAAGCUGGCUCACCUAGAGAGGGAGAUAAAGAGUCUGAAAUCAGAACUGGACCACGUCAAAAAGUUGCAAGCGUUCUCCUUGGGCAAAAAGACUGGGAAGAAGCACUACGUGACCAACGGUGAAACAAUGCCUUUUUCCAAAGUGAAGGCUCUGUGUGCCGAGCUCCAGGGCACUAUGGACCCUAAGAAUGCCGAGGAAAACGAAGCCAUCCGGCAUGUGGCCAAGAACGUGGCCUUCCUGGGCAUCACGGAUGAGGUGACUGAAGGCCAGUUUAUGUAUGUGACAGGAGGGAGGCUGAGCUACAGCAACUGGAGGACAAAUGAGCCCAACGACCACAGCUCUGGGGAGGACUGUGUGACCAUCCUCGAGGACGGGCUCUGGAAUGACAUCUCCUGCCACUCCUCCUUCCUGGCCGUCUAUGAAUUCCCAGCCUGA